UUUAAAAAGCCGAGGAAACAGCCGCUGAGCAGGCAGUGGCUACACUGGAGGCAAGCACACCCAGGUCUCACAUUAAAGAAGCCAAACUGUCUGCUUCAAAGAGAAAAGGCAACAUCCUGUCGCAGGCCAUGCUCUGGCAAAAACCCGCAGCUCCAGAGCAGGCCCCGGCACCACCCCGGCCGUACCAGGGUGUGCGCGUGAAGGAGCCGGUCAAAGAGCUGCUGCGGAGGAAACGAGGCCAUGCCAGCAGCGGGGCACCUGUGGCACCAACCGCGGUGGUGCUGCCCCAUCAGCCCCUGGCGACCUACACCACAGUGGGUCCCUCCUGCCUCGACAUGGAGGUCUCUGCUUCCACAGUGACGGAGGAGGGGGCGCUGUGCACCGGCUGGCUCUCCCAGCCCGCCCCGGCCGCUCUCCAGCCCCUAGCCCCGUGGACGCCCUACACUGAGUACGUGUCCCACGAGGCUGUCAGCUGCCCCUACUCAGCUGACAUGUAUGUGCAGCCCGUGUGUCCCAGCUACACGGUGGUGGGGCCCUCCUCUGUGCUGACCUACGCCUCCCAGCCGCUCAUCACCAAUGUCACGACGAGAAGCGCCGCCACACCCACAGUGGGGCCCCAGCUGGAAGGCCCAGAGCACCAGGCACCCCUCACCUAUUUCCCGUGGCCUCAGCCCCUGUCCACGCUGCCCACUUCCACUCUGCAGUACCAGCCUCCAGCCCCAGCCCUGCCUGGGCCGCAGUUUGUCCAGCUCCCCAUCUCCAUCCCUGAGCCGGUCCUUCAGGACGUGGAAGACCCCAGGAGAACCAUCAGCUCCCUGCUUCUGGAGGAAGAGGAUAGUGAUACCUACUCGCUCAACCACACGCUUUCCGUGGAAGGCUUUUAAGGCUGGCUCCCACCUGAAAAUCUUGUUCCCAGAAACUGGGAUUUGAAAAUGACCCUGAGGGAGUUCCCGUGUGGCUCAGCACAUUAAGGAUUCGAGCUGUCACUGCUGUGGUACAGGUUCGAUUCUUCACCUGGGAACUUCUGCGUGCCAUGGGCGAGGCCAAAAAAAUAAAAAUAAAAAUGAGCCUGGGA